CGACAAGGUCUAAACCUGUACUUGUCGAACUGAACACUGCAAGAAUUCCCGGCAAAGUAACGAUUUCUGCAGAACUAUUGUCAAUACCGGAGAAAUUAAGUCAUAUUUGGAGCUCGACCCGCGACAAUUCUCUGCGAAAGCCUUCAUUUCCAUUUAAAACCAUUUACCGUUAUGGCCUGCAAUUCGACAUCAAGAACAAUAAAGCCCAUGUCUUCUUAUGUAUUCUACUCGCCGGUGAUGUAGCUACCAAUCCUGGACCCACGAGAAGAAACAACCAUCAACCAACCGGCAGCCAAAGUUUUUUCGCGAGAUGUCUUGUAAUCAACGCUCGAAGUUUAAUAAGCUCGCACAGGUUAAAUGGUAAACAAUCCUGCCACUUGACUAACUUCCAAAACCUUGUGUACACCGAACAAGCGGACAUCAUGUGGGUAACCGAGACUUGGCUAAGAGAUGACAUCGAGAAUUCUGAAAUACUUCCCUGGAGUGAUUAUACUAUCUACCGUAAAGAUCGUAAAACUCGUGCUGGUGGAGUUCUUCUUGCACUAAAGUCUAGCUCCUUUUUGUCAUCUCGCGAGAUUGUUACUGACAGCGAUCUAGAACUAGUUGCAAUAGAAUUAUCAUCUACCUGCAACAAGAAAUACCUGGCAUGUUGUACGUACAAGCCCCCGCAGACUAUGAACAGGAAAUGGCUGGACGAGUUCAACCUCUUUUUGGCUAAUAAGUGUUCAGAUUACGCCAACAUACUGAUAUGCGGUGACUUCAACUUUCCGAAUAUCUGUUGGGAAUCGCCAGAGUUAACAGCCGGCGAAGACGAAGUCCAGUUCACAGAAAUUCUGAACGAUCACUACCUAACACAAGUAAAUCGAGUUCCAACAAGAGGCGACCACAUCCUCGAUCUCGUCAUCAGCAGUGUUGCUGAAAACGUUCAAAAUAUGUCUGUAAUCAGUCCUAGCCAAAGCGGUUUAAUAACCGACCACUCAGCAAUCCCGUUCGACAUUGCGACAACGUUCAAAGCACGUCCGAAAAUUAAACGAUCU